CCUUGUGCAGUGACGUGAUUUGCACACAAGCACAGUACGACGGUCAGUACAGAGACUGUCAGGUGAAUAGCGUUACUGCACGAGCUCAUUAAACACUUUUAGCGAACGAGAGAGAAGUGUUGUUGUGCAUGCAGAGAUGUCUCGAAGCAUUAAAAAGCUCACUGGUCUCGUGGCAGCUACAUUCACACCACUCACUGCAGAAGGGGAGAUCAAUCUCUCUGUAAUUGGACCAUACAUUGAUUACCUAAUAGAGAACCAGAAUGUCAAGAGUGUGUUUAUUAAUGGCACAACAGGUGAGGGCUGUUCUCUAACUGUGGAUGAAAGGAAGCAGCUUGCUGCAGCGUGGUGCCAACAUGGAAAGGGCAAGCUUGAGCAAGUGAUUGUUCAUGUUGGCUGCAUGAGUAUAAAAGACUCUCAAGAACUGGCUCGGCAUGCUGCCAGUAUAGGGGCCGAUGGCAUAGCAGUAAUCUCUCCUUCCUAUUUCAAACCCGUUAAUGCAGAUGCAUUGAGGUUGUUUAUAAAGGAAGUGAGUACCUUUGCUCCAGAUCUUCCGAUGUAUUAUUAUCAUAUUCCAAGCAUGACUGGUGUUGCAUUCGAUGCGGCUGAUGUGCUAAAUGGGAUAGAGCAGGUGAUCCCCUCAUUUCAGGGAGUGAAAUACACUGGGACUGACCUGAGGGAUCUCGGGCAGUGUGUCUGUUACAGUCAGUCCCAUAACUGGUCUGUCCUGUUCGGAGUAGAUGAGCAACUCUUGGGAGCUUUGGUACUAGGUGUUCAUGGAGCAGUAGGGAGCACAUAUAACUACCUCGGAUGCAUAGUGAACAAGAUGCUUGCUGCUUUUGAUAAUGGCAACCACAUGCAGACCAGAGUGCUGCAGUUUGAAUUUAUGGAGGUUAUCACAUUUGCUAAGAACCUUGGUUUUGAUGUGUCCGUGAAUAAGCAGGUGAUGAGUGAAGUGUCAGGGUUAGCAAUGGGUCCCCCUCGACUCCCGCUGCUGCCAUGUCCUGUCUCAAAGGCCCAGGCUAUAGCACAGAAAGUCAAGGACUUCUCUCAGGGACAUUAAAAUGAAAGAAAUUUAAUUGAACCUACCUGGAACUCCAAACAAAUAAUUUGUGUUAGCGAGCUGUAAACUGUACCACAUUUUUUUACACUACAGUAUAUUGAUGUACUGUAUCUUUUAUAUUUGCAUGUUGUUGUUUUUUUACAUUUCAUACUUUAUACUUGCUUUUAUUAAUGUUUAUUUUUUUAUUGUUAACACGUUUAAAGUCUUUAGCAUUUUGUUUUCUGUGAUUAAUAACAUUAAAAUUAAACUAGAAAUUUCAGUGGACCUACUUGAAUUACCCAACAGAGUUACUAAUAAUCCUCAGCGUUACUGAUUUAUUUACACCAGGAUAUACUGGAUCUUGUAUAUCUAAAUGCUCAUUUUGUUUUGUCUUGUCUUAUGCUGACAUGGGUUAAAAAGCAUACACAUAUGAAGUAAUUUUUGUUGUUUUUAUUCUUUAAUACUAUCAAUUACCCUCUUUUAGCUGAUCUUGAUGUAAUUAAGUAUUUGUGCUGCUGAGGCAGUGGUUGCAGGACCACCCUUGAGCAAAACACUACCAAAAGUAUUUCUAUGUGACAAAUGGCAUUACUCACAGCAAGUGCACUGUAAGUAAUUUAGGAUGAAAAUCAUCUUCUCUGAGACAUGUACCACAAAAUCCAUUUCUCUGAUUGUGAUAUUUUAGAUAUACUUUCAAACAGAAUAAGUUCAUUUCAUAUUCUAUUAAAAUGUGAAUGCUGAAAAUCACAUGAACCACACUGUUUUAAUCUAGGAGUUUCUCAUGUUUGCAGAAUACUGCUCAAAAAAUGGACAUUUUUGUAUGUUGAAAUGGAAUGAAUACAAAUUAUUCAUAACUGAAUGCAAGCUAUUGCU